AAAUAUUUAUUUUGCUGCCGCACACACCCGCUACAUGGUAUAAUUUUGGAAUCUUUAAACAAAGCUCCAAGAAGAAUUCUCUCAAGCUUACCUAUGUGUAAGUAGAGGAACCUCUGAUGAGGAUGAUUCAAGGUUUAUACUAUCAGAAACUGCUGGAAAAUCUGUGCUGCUGCUUUCUGGUGAACGAACAGAAACUAAACGAGAAAAACAAGAAGAACUGCCUUAACCACUGCGAGUGUUCCAUCGAAAAGGCAGACAAAAAUCGAUCCUCAAUGCGCUCUAACUCGCAGCCCUCUCGUGGACCUUCGAAUGCAGAGGGCGGCGGCUCCACCCGGCCAAGAACCUGCAGCAGCAAUGGGCCACGAUGGAUUGCGUUGGACACGUCACAGAGACCCAAGUGCCAUGUCAAUCGAAAAGAGGACCAAGCAUUGGACAGUCGACCCCGUUUUGUGCAGGCCGUGGAGUCGUUGAGUUUCGAGAUACAAAGAACAACAAGAGUGGCGCGUUUACCACUGACACAGCAGCAUCAGUCGCAGGUGCCCAUGGAGCCUAGUUGUCCGAGCACUUGCCAGGCCUAUCCGAUGAGCGAAAGAGAGUCAUUGCCGAACAGCACCCUUCAGAGUACACAACCCAAUCGCACAACGAACGAGAGUUCGGGGCUCGGAACGAACUAUGGUGAGUGGCAGCAGAGGCAACAACAACCGCUACCGCCUCAGGCAAAACCAGCUCCGGCACAUUUUUCCUUGUACAACGAUGAAUGCUACAGCAGAUUUGAACCCGAACUCAAUAGCACAAAGCUGGAUCCUGGCGAUUUCCAGGAAGACUGUAGGGCAGAGUGCAAUGGCAACCAGCCGGCUAGGUACUCAGAGUCCUUGGGAGCUACGCCUCAGCAGCAAAAGCAGCAGCAGGCAGAUACCAGCAACAGAUUAAAACCUAAUCCUAAUGCGUCGAUGAUGGGUCCAGUGGAUUGCCAGAACCGCUGUAAGCCACAGUGCAAUCAAGAGCUCUGUAGUCGCCCGCAGAAGCCAAAGCCAAUCUGCGGUGCAGAUUCUUUUGGUCCUCCACAGCAACAGCAGCAGCAGCAGCAGCAGCAGCAGCAGCAACAGCAGCAACAGCAGCAGAGGUUGCAACAGGAACAGCUGCAGCAACAAGAACUGGAGGCAGAAUAUGCCUUGCUGCACAACGAAGAGACCAGCGACACCUACGACCUCGACUUGAAGAGCACAAAGUUCGGUACUGACAAUUGUCGUGACGACUGUGGGGCAGAGUGCAGCCCUCCGCAGACAGCCUACGCCCUGAUGCACAACGAUGAGACCAGCGACACAUUUGAACCUGUGCUCCAUAGCUCGAUACUUCAUGUGGAGCGCUGUGAGCCACAAUGCAAUCGAGUGCUCUGUACGCGUCCACAGCAGCCACAGGCGGUGCGGGGUGCAAAGUGUUUUGGUCCUCCUCCUCCGCAACGGCAACAAGAGCCGCAGAGGCACAUGAAACAGCUGGUGGGAAAUUAUCCCUUGAGUCACAACGAUGAAGGCAGCGACAGAUACCCUGAUCGCAGUACAGCUCCCUGUAUGGCAGAGUGCUCUCGAAACACGAUGCACCAGUCGACACGGUGUCCAGAGAGUUUUAAGCCUCCGCCGCAGCAGCAGCAGCAGCCCGAUCCUGCGAAUUGCGUGGACACCUGCUGGGGAGAGUGCAGUCAAAAUAACAUAAACCAGUCGACACGACAGGCAGAAUCUUUAAGCUCCCGGCAGCAGCAGCAAAAGUCGGUAAAUUAUUCCUUGCUGCACAGCCAAGACAACAUUGAAACAUUUAAGCCAAAGCUCUGUAGCACGAUGGUUGCUGCGGAGGAUGCCGAGGAAACCUGUGUGCCAACUUGCACGGGAAGCUGUACCCUCUUGCCGCCGUCAAAGCCACCCGCGAUGAGGAGUCCAGCGGCUGUUGAUCAAAAGUCCACGCAAGCUUCGGCGGAGUAUCCGCGUUGCGCGCAGGUUGUGAGCUGUGGCACCUCCACACAUAUUAAUAUAAGCUGUCAGCAACAGUCAACGUCCACGAAUCAUCCUAUUUACGGCCACCAAUCGCAGCAGACUAGCCAGCAUUAUCAGCGGCCACUAUCGCAUGAGAGGUCUCAAGCGCAGCAGAGUCGAAAUCAGCCGGAGAUGCAACUCAGAGACGGUACACCUAUGAGCCAGCCAGCGUAUUCCCAGUCGCAGCAAAGGAAUCAAACCCAGAGGCCACAGCAUCCUGAUGAAAUCUUACAGGAUGUAAAACCUCUGUAUCCGGCAUCUCAGGACCCAAGCAGUUGCAGGAACGAAGCUUGUCCCGUGAAUCGGAUGGGCAACACUCCCGAAGAUCAGCGUAGCAUGAGCCAGAGGGCAGCCUGUUGUCAGAAUCAAAUGUGUCCCAUGAAUCAGAGGUCAACCUGUUGUAAGAACGAAAUGUGUCCCAUAAAUCAUAGUACACCAAAUCAGAAUGUGACGCCUGAAGAUCAGCGUAGCAUGAGCCAGAGAGCAGCCUGUUGUCAGAAUCAAAUGUGUCCCAUGAAUCAUAGUACACCAAAUCAGAAUGUGACACCUGAAGAUCAGCGCAGCAUGAACCAGAGGCCAACCUGUUGUCAGAACCAAAUGUGUCCCAUGAAUCAGAGGUCAACCUGUUGUAAGAACGAAAUGUGUCCCAUGAAUCAUAGUACACCAAAUCAGAAUGUGCAACCUGAAGAUCAGCGCAGCAUGAACCAGAGGCCAACCUGUUGUCAGAACCAAAUGUGUCCCAUGAACCAGAGAGCAUCCUGUUGUCAGAACGAAGAUUGCCCCGCAAAUGCAAGUUCACUUUAUCAGAGCCUUGCAUCAGAUUCCUUGGAUCAAGAGUUUAGCUGUCCAGCCAGUGGUCGGGCAAAUCUGAGCAUGCCACAGGCGCACAGUACCCCAUGCAAAGGCACAGCACCCCAAGGCAGUGGUCCCUCCGGCAAAUCCCAAGCCUCAUAUGCAGCUCAGUACAACCGGCAUGGUGGUGCCAACACGAGUCUGCCAUCGCAGAGUGUUACGUACGGCGGACAUUCUGACAAAUACAAUGCAGAUGCAACAAUAACACUGCGAUUCGGUGGUGCAGCCAGCGAUCAGAGCAACAUGGCAAAACCAGUGCAAUAUGGCGGUCAGGCGCCUUCCAUGGACUUUACCUAUCCACUCGAUGCUAGUUCUUCGGAAGGGACUUUCAUGUGCCAACCCAGUGCAGCAGACGAACGGCUUGCCCAGCGCACCAGGGACUUGUACUUUAAUUCGAUGGUGAAGGAGAGCUGCUGCAAUGAUGUCAUACAGCGGACCCUAAAUGGUCGCGAGAACUUCAACGAUCGUUCGUAUGGGAUUGCGUUCGCUGGUCUGCUGCCGCAGAAGCUGGGCCUAGUCGAUCCCCUGACCCUGCUGGAGGCCAUCAAAAUGCGCAUCGAGUAUGAGCGCGGGGAGAUACGCAAGAACUAUGGCAGUGAGGCAGAUUUCAGCCAAAGUCGGCCAGCCUGCCAGCGGCCAGUGAUCUACAACGAAGACAUUGACCAGCACUUUAUGUCCAAGAACCAAUCCGAAGUCAAUCAGAGUUUGUGCGCCUACUUGAAGGCCGAGAACGAGUAUCGCAAUACGCACUCGGAUUUGAAUGACACAGAUUUUAGUGCAAAUGUAAAUUCAUUCCAGACAAGAUUCUUUAAUGACAGCAUUCGUAUGAAUAUUUAUUCGGCCACAACCGAACCAAAUGAUUGAAGCCAACUUAACCCAUCAGAACAGAAUCUGUUCUCAAUGUUGUGUACAUUCAUUCAUUUAACUUAUCAGAGAACCAAAUGACUUAAUGUAUUGCCGCAUCGCGGAGGUAUUUUAAUUCGAUUGCGAAAAAUUCACCCCCACAAUCUAUCCUUUAUCGGUUAGAGCCAUUGAGCUAAACCCAUUUCCAAUAUAUAUUGUAUGCAUGUGUCAGGCUUAUGGGCCCCAUAAAAUAAACACGUUUGAUCGAUAAGUACAUCUAAAAGUCACCACAUCAUCCUCUUUUGCCCAUGCGUCAGAACCUUCCGAAAUAUAUGUAUUUUUAUUACCACCCUAUUUAUGGACUUCUGACCAAUUAAGUAAGCAAAUCCAAGUCAUAAAUAAAAUAUUUCGUAAUUUUUCAA